AUGGCUGCUGUGGUCGCUAAACCGGCCGGAAUGGCCACCAAGAUUAAAAAGCCUCCUCCGCCGGUACAAACCAGUAUCAACGGCGGCCGCCCACCCUCCGCCUCUCCCUCGAGCGUUCCCAAGUCGCUUCCUGGUCAGAACCCGGCGACCACUCCUACUACGGCAUCCAGUGCAACUGCCACCACCACAAACGGCGCAGCACGCCCGAACCGUCGGCUGCAGAGGUUGAAUACGCGAAACAACACUACAGAUGGCGCCCCGAAUGACAAGAAGACUUCCAAGAAAUUCCCCGAACCCUAUGUACCAAAAGACUCACAUAUUUUAAGAAAAUACAAAGGCUGUCCCCCAUCGCUAAUUGUCCACCUCCACCCGACCCAUUUUCGCUUCGACCAGCAAGAUGGAAGUUUCAGCUACCACUCCGAAAUGCGCAUCUUCAUCGAACAUCUCCAGAAAGGUACCAUCCCUCACGAUAUGGUUGAAGAAUUCCGAAAAUCAGAAGUUCGAUACUACGAGGGCUGGUUGAUUGUCAGGGUACUGGACCACAAGUCGGCGGCCAAGGAGGUCGCUGCAAAUGGGGUCGCCGCAGAUGAUGAGAAAUUGUUCUCCAUUCACAACUAUAACCAGUACAUUACUCCAUCUCCUUAUGCACCAUAUCCUACCAAGGAACAGUCUGUCGCAAGGUCACCUCCAAUGAAUAUGAAGCAUGAGCACAGGGAUUCCGUCUCUAGUCAGCCUUCCUCCACCGUAAAUUCCACCGACACGAUCGACGUCGCUCCAAAGUCCAGCAAGCCUCAACCCAAGGUCUACCAUGUCGCGCUCCGACCCACCAUUCUGUCUAAACAUAUGGAUUUGGUGAUCGAUGCCAUGACUCCAGAUCCCAAAUCGGUCAAUCGCAAACAGUCUCAGGCGAAUGGCAAUGGCAGAGCGAAUGGAUCAGCUGCACCACAGACUCCCAUAUCGGGCAUGCCAGCAACCCCGUCCACGGAGAAGGGCCCUCCACUCAAGAAACAAAAAUUGAAGAUUGAGCCUAAGGACAUGCUGGAUUAUGAAGCUCGAGUGGUGAAUUCUACGGCGCCUCCCUUGUAUCUCGACCCUGUUGACAAUCUGGAAGAAGCUGAAAGUCUAAUCUCUAUGCUUCGAGACGCCCAUCAUGAUGCAAGACCACCUUCUCCCAAGAGCAGAAAGAGGACCGUCGCCGAAUUGGCUGCAGAAGAUGCUCAUGCCAAGGGUCAAGAACGCUUUAUGCUUAUUAUGGACGAGCGGACUGCGGACGCUGCUAAUGCCGGCGCCGUUGAAAAUCAAGCCGCAGCAGGAAUGUUCCAACCUCGCUUUGAGAAAUUUAACGCUCUGGACGGUAUUAAGAGAGACAUCGCUGAGCGGAAGCAACGAGAGAAGGACCGACAACUCCAAGAAGACGAGAAUAGGAGAGGUCAGCAGGAAAGGUUGCAAGAAGAAGAGAAGAAACGCAUCAUGAUUCAAAGGGCGCAAGAAGCUCGCAUGCUUCGAGCUAGACAACAAGAAAUGCAAGCUGCUUACGCUGCUCAACAGCAACAACAACAACCAGGCCAGCCACAGCAGCAAGUUCCCAAUCCUGGUCAAGUCGUCCAGCGACCGCCAUCACAACAAGUCAAUGGUAUCCCGCCUAACAUGCAAAGUCAAAUGAUGGCUGCCUCGCAACAACGUGGUUCACCCAUCAUCCGUCAAGGAACACCGCACGCUGCCUCGUCACCCAUUGUUACUUCUUCUAAUCAAGGAGGACAACCGAUGACAAUUUCAACUUCUCAACAAGGUCACGGAUCUCCUGGAAGACCAGGAUCUGCUGUACAACACGCUCAUCCAAUUACAGCGAUGUCGAGAGUUCCUAGUAAUCAGGGCCAGCCAAGCCGUAAUGGUACGCCACAGUUGACAAAUGGGACACCUGCUGCUAGAAACUCAACCCCCAUCCUCAGACAAGGCACGCCAUCACAGCACAUGACACAAGCCAGUCCGCAUGGCAGUAUGGCAGCGCCAACCCCUCAAAUGAUGCAGGCUGCAAUGAUGCAGGGACAGAUGGCUAAUGGUGUCUCUCAACCUAUGAAUCCUCAACAGGUCGCUCAAAUGCAACGUCGACACAUGCAGCAACAAGCGGCAAUGCAACAACAAGCCAUGGCGAAUGGUACUCCUCAAAUGGGACAAGCUCAAAUGGCACAUCUUCAAGCACAACAUCAUGCUCAGGCCGAUCGACAAGCUGCUUUGCAGAGACAACAGGCCCAAGCCCAGGCUCAGGCACAAGCCCAGGCGCAGGCGCAGGCGCAGGCCAUGCAACAAGGAACGCCUCAAAGUCAACACAUGUCACCUGCACCUCAAGCACAGAAAGUGUACAAUCAGCAAUUGGCCGAGUCAAUGAAGGCUCAAAUGCAAAGCAUUCAGCAAACCCAGCUUCAAGGUUCACCUGCUCCCAAUCAGAUGACACCACAACAACAAGCAGUUCAAAUGGCACAUGUGCAGCACCAACAGCAACAACAGCGAAUGAUGGCUGCUCAAGCACAAGGACAAAUGAUGGCUGGUAUGCAACCUCAACAGCAGCAACAGCAGCAACAGCAAAGAUCUAGCUUGCCUCCCUACCUUCAGUCAGUUUACAACAGCACGCUCAACGCUUAUCAGACGAGGUUUAUGCAACAAGCUGCUGCUAAAUACCAAGGCAACACCAGCAUGCUGCAGCAGAAUGAAAUACAUCAAAUAGGACUGCAAGCUCGUCAAGCUGCCAUUGCUGCCGUUCGCAAACACCAAGCCAACGCACAGAAUCCAGGCCAACAAAACGCCAUGCAGAAUAAUAUGCAGAAUGCCAUGCAAAUGCAACAAGCUCAACUUAGGCAACAGGCAGCGCAACAAGCUGGUGGAGGCAUGCCAAAUGGAAUGGGCGGCAUGAACAUGAAUCCCAACAUGGCCCAAGCAAUUCAACAACAGAACGCCCAACAGAUGCAACAGCUGCAAAUGCAACAUGCUCAACAGCAGAUACUUCAUGCCCAACAGCAGCAGCAACAGCAGCAACAACAACAAGGCAUGCAGUUUCCCCAGCAAAGAUGA